AUGACAGCACCGGCUGAACCACUCGCUGCCGAGGCAGAGCAUCCUAAUGCACCCCAGAUACGCCGGCAGGUGGAAUACUACUUCUCCGACGAGAAUUUGCCGACCGAUCUCCACAUGUUGCAAUGCUGCGGCGGCCGCGAUAACCUCCCCGUAUCCAUCGGGCGCAUCUGCGGCUUCAAAAAAAUGCGCGGCUUCAAGCCAAAGUCCAUCGUACCUGCCGCCCUCCGCAAGUCUGCCUUCCUAGUCGUCUCUGACGACGGCAAGCAGGUCAGCCGUAAGGUGCCUCUACGCGGUCCUUGUGCGCUCGAUCCGGACUACUACAAGGACGAUGAGAUCGCGUAUGAUCCGCGCGCGAGGGUACUGGCCGUGCAGCCUGUCCCGUUGCUCCAGCAGAAGAAGGCUGAGCUGCCACCAGGCAUGACGAAGGGCAUGAUGAAGCCGACCGGCUUCGAGGAGACUUAUGUCGAGCCGCCUAUCACACCUGCCGAGGCCAAGGCCGAGGAGGCUAUGUAUGACCCAGACAAGCACUUUGUAGAGCGCAUUGAGAUCGCGAUCCAGCGCUUCAAGGAGAAGAGAAAGAUGCACGAGGUGUACUCCAAUAUCUUCAAUAAGUGGAUGCGCUUUGGUGGUGUCGAGAGCGCCCCUCGCAUGUUCGGCGGAUUGUCCCAGAAGGAUAUGGCUGGCAUGGACGCCGAAGAGAUUGCGAGGGCUCGAGCUGUACAUCAGGUGCCAUGGGAUCGGGAGGAUCCGAAGCAGUGGGUCGUCGACUUUACCGGCGUCGGAGAAGCUUUCUUAUCCUCCUUCUUCCCAGCCCACUACGGCUUCAAUCCCCAACAAAUCAAGACCGCCUGCCAGGUUUUGCGCUCCUUCUAUAACUACCUCAUCUACCACUCAGUCUGCCCCGAGUACCGUGAAGAUCUCGACGGCGCCCGCAAAUUAUGCGACACCGCCGAGAAGGAGCUUUCCAAAGUGUACAACGCCGGGCUUUCCCUGCCCGGUGCCUUCAAUACCGCCGCUAGCACAAUUUUUGGCGGUUCCAAAUCUGGCACCUACACCGGUAACAUGGAGUGGGCCACUAAGGUCAGAGAAGACGGCGUGGAUCUUGGGGAGGUUGGCGUCAUGGACGAGGAGGCCAGGAUCACGUUCAGGACGGCGGUCGCCAUCAUGGGUACAGACGAGCACCAGGCCUUGCUUGACACACGCGCUGUCAAUGUUUCGAAGGACGAGUUAUUUGGCCUCGAAAUUGUGGCAAUCAAUUACUCAGACCAACUCACCCGCAAGAUGUACGCCCGCCAGAACGGCUUCAUGGCCCCAAAACUUUACCUAGAGUCUCUCGGAACGCUCAUCUGCCGCUCUUUUCACGUCGACGACUUCAACGAGUAUGAUCUGCCCAAAGACAAGUACCCCACCGGACGCCUGCCCGAGACAGAAGAUGGCAAUCAGUAUGAGUUCUGGGUCGAGGAUCACGCGCUGGAGGAGUGUUUUGUGGGCAUGAAGGUUGAUGCGAGGGUUCUGACGCUUGAAGAUGGCAUCACGAUCUUGGAUGAUGUGCGCGAAGCUAUGUGCAGCUUCUACAAGUGGCUACCGAACGAGCUGUGGAUCAACCGGCACCCCAAGGAGGUGGUGAUUAGGAAGAAGGAUUUGGAUGAGGAGGAUGUGAAGGAGGGUGGUGAGGGCGGUGAGGAGAGGUUCGUAGAGGACGAGUCGGUGCACGGGGGAUGA